AUGUCGAUGAAACGAUUUUUGAGUAGGGGAAGCAAAGAUGACAAGGAGAAGUCGAAGGAGAGAACGAGCUCCACGGGUGGUUCUGACAACCAGGAGAUAGCGCCUGUGGCUAGCGGCAACACCGAGGGCUCUCGAGACUCCAUCACCGAGAUGUAUCCGAUGUUCGAAGGGCUGUCUGCAGAUGACAGUCUCAAGGGGCCCCAGAAGUUCAGUUUCACCAACGAUCCCAAACUUGCCAACCCUUCUAUCCUGAGCAAACCAGCGUCCGUGUUCACCAAGGAUUCGGAUUAUAUGGGCAAGUCGAUUUUCUCCAAGAGCAGAAAGACGUUUUCCACCAAGCAGUCGUCAUUUGGGGCGUCGAGCGAUCAGGGAGGAAAGAAAGACUCGUCAACUUCGUUCACCUACAGUCAGCCUUUGCAGAUUUUGAACAUGCCAGAGGAGAGCACUCAGGACGCCCACAACAAACCUCCCCAUGAAAGUAUUGCUGAUAAGUUGCAGCAGCUUUACGAUGAUUUGGCGUUUAUCAUCCACCAGUUCGAUAACUCGAUCAUCAACUUAACUACAGCGGUGAUCAACUCGAUAGACUGUUUCAAGAAGUUCAUUGCUUAUGUUGAGGACCUCAAGAUAAGCAAACCAGAGGCAGAGUGGCGUUUUACAACCUACAAUAAUUCGAACUUGAGAAAGAUCAUGAAAAUGUACCUCCACUUUUAUGAUAAUUUACUUAAGGAUGAAGUAUACAUCAAACUUAAGUUACUCUUGGUCAAAAACUUUAAUGACUUUUCUUUGAGUUUGAAUUCUAAUGUCACCGAACAUGAUGCCCCUCAGUCCAUAGUGAAGCCUCAGAAUUUUGCUAUAGGGAUCAAUCAAGGAUUAUCUUUACCAAACGAGGAUGUCCUUACCAGAAUUAUUGAAAAGAUCUCGAAGACUUUUGUUUCACUCAAGGAACAGAAUGGUUCGUUUAUUGCCCCAAUAGCUAGAGGAAUAAGCAAUGAUUUACACAUUCUUUGUCUCUAUUUCGGAUAUCCAAACCCCACUGACUACCACGUUAAAUUAACUCAGAGUUUACAUGGUCUUUAUGAUGACAUCCAUAUAAUAGUGAUGAAGAAUCAGAUUGAUUUGGCUUCAACAACAGAAACUCCUGUAUCGAAAUUCGCUCAUUUGAAGUCAUACAAGGCGACCAAUCCAGUUACACCAGAGAUUUCGACCACUCAACCGAGCUUCGUUCAGCCUACCAACCCUCAGAAAUUCAAGCUACCAUUCAGAAUUCCUACUGAUAGUCAGAGACCUCCAAUCUCUCUUUCAUUAUCAAUUGAAAAUUCUGUCCGCACUUCCGGAACAUUGGGUGGUUACAUUUACCCAAUAAUUGAUUUGAAGAAGCAACCUCAUUUAGAGUCUUAUACCAACUCCAAAUUUGCUCUUUCUUGUGGCCACGUGUGUCUUGACACAACGACUGGAUCAACUACUACGGAGUACCCUCAUGUCUCUGCUCCACUGUCGGUGUUGAUCAAGUUGUACAAGCAAGCAUUGAUUGCACAGUAUCAGAAAGUGAUGAGCAGUAACAACGGAAGUGAUGAUAUAUUGAUUGCCGAAUCUCGUGCAGCUUAUGGAUCAGUGAUCAAGCAGGUGGAAGAGAUGUUCCCUUUGAAGAGAGUCAAAAUCAAGGACCCAAAGACCAAGCAAGAAGGCUACGAAUUGCGGAACUUACCCCAAACCAGAUUUGGACAGAUUAUCUGGGGUGAAAGAACGUUGGUUGAUCUGAAGAAAGGUGAGAAGGACACAGAGAGAAAGUUGUCGGAUUUGGCAAUCAUUAAAGUCAAUAAGAACUUGAUUUGCGAUCAAAAUUACUUGGGUGAUGAUAUACCAUUCAAUGAGUUCGAUCCUGCAUUGAUGUUUGAUAAUUUAUACGUACGGAAGGUGAUCGAUUUGGAAAGACACAGCCCCAGGACGAUGGACUUGAAUGUGGACGAGGUGGAUGAAGAUUUGCCUAUCGAUCAUAACCCUGAUACCUACAAUGGGUUGCCAGUGUUCAAGUAUGGUUCUACCACUAAGUUCACCAAAGGGAAUUUGAACGGCAUCAAGCUCGUGUACUGGUUGGACGGUGCCAUUCAUUCCUCUGAAUUCAUUGUGAAUUCUAUCGAGAACAAUUCUGCUUUUGCUGCUGGCGGUGAUAGUGGUUCGUGGAUUUUGACCAAGCUUGAAGAUAUCGAACAAAAUGCUAAGGGAUUGGGAGUGGUUGGUAUUUUGCACUCUUACGAUGGUGAAUUCAAGCAAUUUGGAUUGUACACUCCUAUGUGUGAGAUCUUGACUCGUUUGAAGGAGGUUACUGGAAUCAAGUGGGGAGUUGUUGGGGUUACACCCGAGAAGGGCGAAGAGUACGAUAGCGAGGCAGACUUGAGCAGCGAUGCCGACAGUACGUACAGUGAUGAAGCUGAUAGCGAUUUUGAAGACGAGGCAUAUCCUCCAGAAGUUGACUAA